UACACACGCUCUCACUCACUAACUUAAUAGCUCGAUAAAAAGCCUUUGACACUAAAACACCAGAAUCUCUCUGUCGUGCGAGGAAAAUUGCCAUUUUCUGACCAAUCAGCAUCGCUACCGAUUGCAAACACCCCCCCACGUGGACGGGACUUUAGUUUGGUGGAUGAGAGUGGUGCAGUCACUGAUGUAGAUCGAUCAGAAGUAUGGGAGUAUUUGGCUUGGAUAACGAACAAGAUGUGUCUGACAUGCAGAAGAAUAAGAAUCAAACUAAUAGCUCUAACAGACUGACGAUCGUCCCGAAAAAAUUGUGGAAAUCAAGAGCCAAGUCGCAGACAAGAGUACCUGCAACUACUACUUGCGCUUGGAUGCCUGAGGGUAACUGUUGUUGGAAGACCGAAAAUGGAUACAAAGUGACCCUCUCAGCUUGCAAUCUUUUGACACUGAGUGAAGUAGAAAGGUUAGCUUUACAACAAAUGGCUCUAACUAAAUUGAGAGCCAUGAAUUUGAACUGUAAAGUCGAUAUACCUAAAGCUGAUAGCUCAGCUUUAAAAAUGAAGCGACGAACAGCUUUACUAAGAACCAAGGCCAAAACAGCUACUUUGGAUGGCAAAGACAUUCCUUCAGAAAAUUCAUUAUUUGGAAUACCUUUACAGCAAUGCAUACAGAAAGAACGGCUGUCACGUCAUAGAGGUUCGGUGCAACCUUUACUCGCAGUCGAUGACGUCACGAAUUACCCAAAUUUUCUCGAUGACGCUCGUUUAGGUGCCACUUCCAAGAGAAACAGCUUGUGUCCGGAUAAUAUCGAAGCCCAAACGGAUGAUAAUGAUGGCUACCUGAGUAACAUGGAAUCUUCCGAUCCCCAGAUACCAAAUGUUGUGAAUUCGUGUGUUCGACAUUUGGAAGAAUACGGACUGCACACUUUGGGAUUAUUCAGAGUCACCAGUUCCAAGAGAAGAGUUAGACAGUUGCGAGAAGAUUUAGAAAGUGGAUCGAUAGUGAACCUGAAUGAAAAUCACCAUCCUCACGACGUUGCCCAAUUACUGAAAGAAUAUUUUCGCGAUCUUCCCGAACCACUUUUGACCAGGGAUCUCUAUUCGUGUUUUGUGGCCGCCCAAAGACAGAAAGACGAAAACAAACAAUUGGAUAUAAUCCGCUAUUUAAUAUAUUUGCUACCAGUUCAAAAUAGAGAUACUCUAUGGACGUUGUUGCACUUUUUAUCAAUUGUAGCGCAGAAUGCCGUCGAUACUUGCAGCACAAAUGGCGUCAGACAACUGGGAAACAGAAUGGAUUCGUCAAAUCUUGCCACUUUAUUUGGUCCAAACAUCUUGCACACGUCACAGAAAAAAGGAAAAGAUUACGAAUAUGUUGUAGAGAGGGCAUACAAACCCGAAGAAUGCUGCGACGUGAUCAAUGUGGUUCAGAAACUCAUAGAUAACUACAGGAGACUAUUUACGGUGAAGGCAGACGAUUUGGACAGUACUUAUCGUCGUCUUCUUCUAGAGGAUCCGGAUGCUCUACAGAAUAUAUUAAAUAAACUCUACAUCCAUAAAUUAGAAUCUGGAAGAGGAAAUCAAAAUUCAUAUUCAGAUGGAAGACAAACAUUUGUUCAAGAAGUAAAAAUAGAAAGAUCGAGGCAAAGAGAUAAGAAAACAGUUGUUUUACCCAUUAUUACUAUCAGCAGCGAUAAUAAAAAUACCAAAAGUAGCACUCAGUUACUUGAAGAUGAUAGUAAUAAUACUCUAGUUCCACCGGGAUUGAGAGACGAUUCUCCAUCGUUGAGAAGGAAAAGUUUUCCUGAUCAGAUCAUUGAUAGGUCUUCAUUACUAGACGUUAAUUCUCAAGUCAAACCACCGACAUUUACAUUCUUUGUUGACCAAGAUAAUUGUCUUAGCAGGAGUAAUGAAUGUAUUUCAGUGGACGAUUCAAAACAGGAAACUUUAGAUUAUUACAAAAUUACUAAAACGAGCAAAGAAGAAUAUUUAACUUUGUCUCCCGGUAACAUUCAAACUGAAGAACAGUCUCAGAGAGGAAGAAGGUAUCUGAAAAAACCUGAAGAUAAAUUCUCCAUUGAGAAAAGUGCAUCCACUUCGUCAAUUGCUAGUAACAAAAUACACGAGAAACGAGAAAAAUCACACAAAAUAACCAAACAUUCGUCUAAAGUUAAUUCUAAACAAACUGGAGCAAACACUUUGUCCAAAAUGGUAUCGCUUAUCGUGAAUCCAAACUACGAUACUAAUCCACAAUCAGGUAAUCAAAGAAAUACGAAUCACAAUCAUUCUUCGGCGGUUCAUUAUCAGCAGGAGAGGUGGAAACGCUGGGAAAUAAUAGCGUCGGAACACACUGAAGUGUAAUUUUAUCAUACGUGCAUUAUUUUUUUAUGACUUUGAGGGAUCAAACAUUAUGCAUAAAUUAUUUGUUUGUUGAUUAUGAAUAUAUACGUGAAUAUUUGAUACAAUUUCGAUACCGUAGUUAUAUUUAAUGGCAUCGAUAUGUUGUACUGUUAUUUUGGAUAUGACGAUUAAUUUUAAAGAGAGACUAUAAAGAAAUCUUUUAAGAUAAUUAAAAAUUACCUUUAAUAUAAAUGGCAUUUUCAACAAAUUCUUAAAUCCUGAUUUACAUGUAAAUGUAUCAAAUAAAAUUAACAAAAAACAAAAUUAUUUGACAGGAAAAAAAGCAGAAAAUGCAGGAAUUUGCAUAAUUAUCUAACAAAAAGUAUUAUGUCGGUUCAGAAGUACUUUUAUAAUACAGCAAAAUUGGAAUGCAUAUUAAGGCACAACUUUGUUUUUUGUAUAAGAAACAAUAUGGAUAUUUUUUAAUCAAAAAACAUUUUUACCGUGUCACGUCGAAUGCAUAAAAUGUCAGUUUUAUAAACAGCCGAAUUUAAUGCCCGCAAAAAUGGUUACAAAUAUUUCAACCGAAUACAGAUUCAAUCACCUGUAAUAGAAAUACAAUGUAAUUGCCGACUCACUUCCCUAAAAAAUAGUUUUUAUCACAGAGAAUAAAAACAAAAUAUAAAUUUACAAGCCUGUAGGAUAAUGCAACGUUGGCAAUGUGUGGCAUGCCGUCACAUAAGAAUAUAAAAAAGAAUAUGUCAGUGUUUC